AUGCAUAUCGUUGAGUCGAUGCUGGAGAGAAUACACGAGGUCGACGCAAGUUCUGUUUCAAUCUCUGAUUUCGCUGCUUCUCCCACUGGCCACUUCUUUAUAACCGUGGAAUACGCUAAAGAUGGGAGUGGCCGAUGCGAUUUGAAGUUGACAAAAACUGGAUUACAUGAGGAAGUAUUCGAAGUACCUAUUGCCGUCGAUAUAUCAUCUCUCUGCAAUUUUGAUGAGGCCAAAUCCUGUAUACAAUUUGUUGCUGUUACAAGGCCAGUUAAAGGUAAGAUUGAGCAUGAACAUUUUAUCGUUUUGAGUACCCACGAUGGCAUACAUGCAGUUCCAUGCACUGGCCUGUUCACUUUGGCAGAUUUCGGUGAGAUACUGAAACCAGUCAAGUGGCGCCAUUUAGGCUUACAUGACAGAAUAAAUUCUUUCUGGGCUUUUAAUGUACCAGGCUCUUAUCUGCAUAUUGUUUAUUGCACUCGACUCGGCAGUAUAGUGAAGCUGAGCUUAAAUGUUGAUACUUGUACGUUUACAAAGAUUUCUGAGAUAAGGAACCAAGUGGGCGACUCCUUGAACACAUGCACACCGUGUCUACCGACAGCUCGAGAAACAGAAAUAAUUGAAGUACCGGAAUUGGUCUUUUCAUGCUUUGACAAUAAGGUGUAUAUCCUAGAGGGCAAUAAGCUGGAAAAGUUCACCAUUACUGAUCUGCUAGACGACGAGAAAACGUUGAUUUCCGCCCAAGGUGCGAUAGCCAAGCGGUAUUCGACACGUUCACUGCGUUUCUACGUAGCCAACGUCACCAAUUCUGGCUGUCACCUUUUCAGAAGGAGGACAGGCAGUGAUUGGGAUCUUGUACACAUAUUCGAAAGAGAUUUCAAGCAAACUGAAAAAUGCUCUGUGAUCGAUUGCCAACUGGUGUGGAAUGGAAUCUCUCAAUUGCGAAUAAUAUCUGGGAGCGAAAACGGUAAGAUCUACAUCUGGAAGUACGACACUAAAAGGGAAAUGAUCACGGACAGUGAAACCUUGAAAGUUGCGUCUUCAAAUGAUUACAUUCAUGAUCUGAAAGUGCUGAACGAUCACAUAUACUUUUUAAUUAACCAAGAAUGCAUCGGUAAGGUUUUCCUUCAUUAG